AUGUGUCACUUGCUGGAGGCUAGUGUGCGCAAUGGUGUAGGUGCCGUUAGUAUUGAUGGCGACCGUGCGAGCCCUCGUCAACCUCAGCGAGCUUGGAUGGCAGCUAAUUCCCCUCUGCAUGCUCAUGGAUCAAAUACGUGUAAUUUAGCUUCAGAUCCUUUCGACGAAGAUAUGUCAAAAUUCAGCCCAAAUCUGCCCUCUGAUUUGCAGCCGGUUACAAAUGGAACAACUAAUGGGACCAAUUCAGGUUUGAUUAGCAGUGCUAAGACUGAUGAGGAAGAUGAUUCGCGCUCUUUGGGAGGUGCCAGUAGUGCAGGCAUCAGUUGUGGUCCGUCUACGAUUGCUCCUCCUAAAAGGCGUGUUAGAAGAGGGGCAGUUAGUGGUGAGGUUUACACAGAGGAAGAUGCCGCUUCAUACGUAAAAAAGUAA